UGUCGCUCAGUGUUUGGAUUUCACACUUUCUUGCUCUGCUUGCACAUCGACGUUGCUUCAUCAUCCAAUCUGACGAAGAGCAUCCAACACCAAGCCACCAACAGCAGAGCAGCCUCCUCUCCUUCCCAGCCUCCCUUCCUUCUGAACCAUGGCCGCGUUUGCGAUGUGGGUGUGGAAUGGCCUGAACCGCAUCCUGGAUGGGUCCGUGUUUGUGACGCGGGAGCCGCAGCCGCCGCCGAUUGACCCGGAUGCGCACCCGUAUGCGCAGGCGCAUGUGGAGACGUACCAUGGCGAGUACCGGCCGGCGUAUGCCAAAAAGUCCACAACAGUCUCGCCGCCAACGUACGCGUCUGUAGCUGCUUCCAAGCCAGGCACCGCAGAGCAGCUUCGCGGCGUGGUGUCGCCUGCGCUGCUGUUUGUGCACUUGGAUCAGGCGCGCGGCAUGGGCGAGCAGGACGUCAUCAACACCGUCCAGGCCUACUGCUCCAAUCCAAGCGCUGCCAAGUUUGCGCCCCACGACAUGAUCGACAUCAUCCUCAAGUUCCGACUCACAGACCCAGCCAAGUUGGCUGUUGUCAAUGCCAUCAUUUCUGCUGGAUGGCUGGAAACAAACGUGGACGCAACCACGUGUCGCGCGCUCCUCGCUACCAUGGAGACAGACGUCGCAAGGCUGGAGCUGCUGCGCAUCGUAUCACGCGCCAUGUCGCCGCUGAGUUUCCAAGACAAGGACUCGAUACUGUUCACGUUCCAGCCAGGAGGGAACCGAACCAACGCCCUUGGCAUCCUUCAGGGAGCUCGCCUGCUGAGCUGAGUCCCCUCCUGCCAAUGCUCUCGUUACCCACUCCUCCCAAUGAGUUGUUAUGCUGAACAUAUAUGUAUGUAUGUCGGUGUCUUUGUCUUUGUAUUUUCACAACAACGUGUUUCAACAACCAAUGCACCCAAUCAGCAACACACAAAACAAGGACACGCGAAGAAUCAGUGUAGAACAAACCUACGGCAGAGAAAGG